ACAGAAGAGUGGAGAAAUCAAGCAUUUUGAUUUUGUUUUUCACUCUCAUGCCUGCUUUCCCUCUUCACGCUGUUCCUUGUUUAUCCUGAACCUUUUUACUUGCAAUCUUUACGUGUGGCCUGUUCAAGCAUGCCUCCAAACGGAGUUAACAGGGCCCUGAAGCUGCAGUUUGGCCUCAUCAACUACGAGAACCGCUACCUGACAGCUGAGGCAUUCGGGUUCAAGGUGAACGCCUCAGGCAUCAGCAUGAAGAAGAAACAGAUCUGGACCUUAGAACAUGACGAGCAAGAUAGCCAGGUAGUGUUCCUCCGGAGCCACCUGGGACGUUAUCUGGCCUCUGACAAAGAUGGGAAGAUCACAUGUGGGGCAGAGAAGCCUGACUCCGAAUGCCGUUUCCUUAUUGUGCCCCAAUCUGAUGGUCGCUGGGCACUGCAAUCAGAGCCUUAUCUGCGUUACUUUGGAGGCUCGGCUGACUACCUGUCCUGCUUUGCUCAAGCCAUUGGGGAACAAGAGUUGUGGGCCGUCCACUUGGCUCUACACCCACAGGCCAGCCUGCUCAGUGUGGCGCGUAAGCGUUAUGCCCAUCUGUCUGCUUCAGAUGGAGAGAUCUCAGUGGACAGCAAUAUUCCCUGGGGAGUGGACUCCCUGGUCACCUUGGUAUACCUGGACGGCAAGUACAGCCUGAAGACCUGUGACAGCCGUUUCCUCAGCAAUGACGGCAAAUUGGUGAAGGAGAACUCCAAUACUACUAGCUUCACACUGGAGCUAAAAUCUGGCAAGCUGGCCUUUAAAGACUGUGAUGGGAAAUAUCUGACCCCAGUGGGUCCCACAGGAACGCUGCGAUCCGGCAGAUGCUCUAAGCCUGGAAAAGAUGAGCUGUUUGAUCUCGAGGAGAGUCAUCCACAAGUAGUUUUUCAAGCCGCCAACAAAAGAUUUGUCUCAGUCAAACAAGGAGUGAGUAUUUCAGCCAAUCAGGAUGUGGAGACAGACAUGGAGACCUUUCAGAUGGAGAUCGACAAGGAGAGCAAAAAGUCUAUGUUCAGGACCAACGGCGGAUCCUACUGGACCCUGGUGACUCAUGGAGAGAUCCAGUCCACUGCCACAGAAGUAGAGGUCAACACAAUGUUUGACAUUGAGUGGCGAGGACAUAGGGUGGCACUCAAAGCAAGUAAUGGAAAGUAUGUGUGUACAAAGAAGAAUGGUCAGCUUUCAGCAGUCAGCGAUACAGUGGGUAAUGUUGUUGCGCCACGGACAGCAGACAAACAGCAUUUGUUCUUCAUUGCAGGUGAUGAUGAAUUAUUCCUGAUGAAACUCAUCAACCGCCCUAUGCUGAUUCUCAGCGGAGAGAAUGGCUUUGUGUGUCACCACAAGAACUCCAACACUCUGGACGCAAAUCGAUCGGUCUAUGACAUUUUCUCAUUGAUCUUCAACGAUGGCGCCUACAAUAUAAAAAGUGUGAAUGGAAAAUUCUGGUACGUCUCUAGCAGUGGCCUGGUGUGCUCGGAUGGAGAAAAGCCAGAGGACUUUUUCCUUGAGUUCGUGGAACAUGGACGCGUCGCAAUCAAGGGCUCCAAUGGCAAGUACCUUCGUGGAGACCAGGGAGGUACGCUUAUGGGUGAUGGUACAACUGUUGAUGCAUCUUCUCUUUGGGAGUACUGAUCCCUUUCAGUGAGGGUCCUCAAAGAGGGUGCAAGAAGACGGGGUGCAGAACCCGCUUCUAGC